AUGCUGAUCGCCAUCAUCGGCAUCCUCUUCCUCUCGAAAUGUUUGUCCUCAGGCCUGAAAUGGCAUCUAGCCAGCCAGAAUCUGGACCUCAACAUGCUCGUCGUGCAACAGCUACAGGAGAGAUACCUGGCCGCGAGAUUCAUCUUUGCGUACUACACCGCUGCCUUUGACAAGGUCGCGCCGGCGCAGCGACCGUCGGUAGAGGGAGCGGCCAUCAUGUCGAGUUCCACAGCGGCCACCACUGCGACGAGUACCUCCAUGACAUAUGACCGGCCGACUAUGGAGACGACGAGCACGAGCACGAACACGAACACGCCCACUCCGUACAACGGCGGGGCCGCCACGUUCUCCUCGGGACAUGAAGACGGUCUGAACGCCUGGGGCGAGUGCUUUCAAAGCGGCAUGGGCAUGACUGCAGAUUUUGACAUUCUGUUCGGCGAGGCCGGGAUUUUUCGGGGUCUCGACGAGUUCGACAUGGGGGGGUUGAUGUCGUGA